AAGAGCACAGGAAAUAUAAUACUGCAGUCCAGCAGCAGGUGGAAGCAAUGCACCAAAAACGAUUCAAGCAGUCAUUAAACAGAAAGGAAGGAAGCUCGGUCCCGUGUCGGCCAUUGAGGCUCCAGACUUUCAAUAGGAUAGACUCGAUCACUUCCUCCGGUGUGGAUCCGCAAUGGCGUUAUGUUGACGAUGCCUUUACACGCCGAGGACGACAAUACAACGCGUCGAAAAGAAAGCUUGAAACAAAACGGGGGAAAAGAGCGACCGGAUUUAAAUAUAACCAGUACAGAUUUCCACCGACGGUAGUUUCAUAAUUGUGUAGUAGCUAUGUGUGCUUAGACUCGUGUUUUAAAAAGGUAGACAGCGAGUGGUUUUCCGGUAGGAUUUGCAUUAACGGCACAGGGACCAUGAUGGAAGACUUCUCUGACCUAGCCCUGCCCCCUCUGUUCGGAGGUCACAUCCUGGAGGCGGAGCUGGAGACGGAGGGGGUGGAGUUUGUGGACGGGGGCGGAGUCUCGGAGAGCCAGGUGGAGGAGGAGUCUCAGGAGAGAGAGAGGAGGGAGAGCGAGAGAGAGAGAGACAGGAGGAAGUACUGCAACCUGAGCAGGAGGUGUAGAGAGAUCGAACAGGUGAAUGAACGCACUCUCAAUCGUCUUCACCAGGUGCAGAAGCUGAGCAGGCAGCUGAAGAAGGAGAGGCGGUUCUUGAUGAAAACUCUGAAUUCCUAUGGAGAUGAUUACAGGAGCGCCCAGCUGACCUUUCUAUUGGAGGAGGAGCUGAGUGGCACUGCUGACUCCGCCCACAGAGAGGAGGGGGAGGGACCUGAAGAAGCUGCUGGCUCCUCCCCCUCCGCUCUCCUCCAAUCAGCCUCCAGCAACAAGAGGAAACGGCACCGUGCAGCCAAGGAGAAAGAGGCGCAGCUGGAAGGAGAGAUGUCAUCUCACUCUGAAACUCAUGUCUCUGGGUACUGCAGUGGCAGCAGCCCGGUUCAAAGGACCCCUUCAGACUUCCCCUAGCCAGACUCAAAGGACCCCUUCAGACUUCCCCUAGCCCGGCUCAAAGGACCCCUUCAGACUUCCCCUAGCCCGGCUCAAAGGACCCCUUCAGACUUCCCCUAGCCCGACUCAAAGGACCCCUUCAGACUUCCCCUAGCCCGACUCAAAGGACCCCUUCAGACUUCCCCUAGCCCGACUCAAAGGACCCCUUCAGACUUCCCCUAGCCCGACUCAAAGGACCCCUUCAGACUUCCCCUAGCCCGACUCAAAGGACCCCUUCAGACUUCCCCUAGCCCGACUCAAAGGACCCCUUCAGACUUCCCCUAGCCCGGCUCAAAGGACCCCUUCAGACUUCCCCUAGCCCAGCUCAAAGGACCCCUUCAGACUUCCCCUAGCCCGACUCAAAGGACCCCUUCAGACUUCCCCUAGCCCGACUCAAAGGACCCCUUCAGACUUCCCCUAGCCCGGCUCAAAGGACCCCUUCAGACUUCCCCUAGCCCGGCUCAAAGGACCCCUUCAGACUUCCCCGAACCCGGCUCAAAGGACCCCUUCAGACUUCCCCUAGCCCGGCUCAAAGGACCCCUUCAGACUUCCCCUAGCCCGGCUCAAAGGACCCCUUCAGACUUCCCCUAGCCCGACUCAAAGGACCCCUUCAGACUUCCCCUAGCCCGGCUCAAAGGACCCCUUCAGACUUCCCCCAGCCCGAACCGGCCUCAAAUGCAAUGGCCAAAAGUUUUGCAUUACCUAGAAUUUUAGGAUUGAGACAUUAAUUAAAAAACAAUAUCUAUAGGAACAGAAUUUAGAUAUUUUAUUGCACAUUAUGUAAUAGUAGUAUUUUAUGUUAGAUUUCAAAAUGUCACACACUUCAUUUUUUAUCAGUUCUUCAUUAAGUAGAUGGGAAAGCUACAAGCGGUGUGUAAUUCAAUAUGUUAAGGUAACAUUAUUCAGCAGGUUUCAUUCGACCUUAUGAAGCAAAAUGAGUUCAUUCUAUAGGGUGGGGAUGCAAUACUUUUGGCCAGAGCUGUGCAGCUGCAGCCCCUGAUCACAGGAUCAGAUACACUGUGCCGGGUCAGCAGGGCUGGGGUCUGCCCCGGGCUUCAGAACCGCCCUGAAUCGAGAACAUUUCAAUGAUUGAGAGCCAGGAGCUGAAGGAUUCCUCCCUUACGCUGCGUGGACAGCUCAUAUUAGUGACCUACAGACUUGAAUCCCUGCUGUGAUAAGAAGUGUGGUCAGCGUUCAGAACCCCCUGCAGGGUUCACAAGAAACACGUCGCUUUACCUCUGCUGUGUCCCCUGUUGUCUGCAUCACAGUCUAUCAUUUUUGGUUUUGAUAUUUUUUAUUCACACUUCAUUGGUAAAUAAAUUAGGGAGUUUUGUUUUUCAACUUGGAAAGUUUGCCAAGAGAAACUUUUUAUUUUUCUUUUAAGAAAUGGCGGUGUGUCCAGUUGGUGCUCCCUCCUGCAACAAGGCUGGCACCCUGACUGAAAAGAGUGGUGCAUUGUGGGAGCGUGAUCUGGAAACACUGCGGUCCUUGGAAUUGUUCAAACUCAAUAAAACAUUCUCAGCUGUG